AUGAGAUUCCUCAUGAAGUGGCUCAAAAGGAAGAAGAAGUCGAGUCGCGCAGCGAAUUCGGACGGGCUCCUGUCUCGCCCUAACCACUAUCAACAAAUGGAAAACGGAUUCAGCUAUCCCAAGAGCUGCACAUAUAUACAGCUUCCACAACAGGUACUUGAACGAAUAUUCUCUUUCGUAUGUCCACACACGCAGGACGAGACCUACGAGAGCUGUGAGUCGUCGGCGCAUAGCGAGGCAUGCAUGCUUUGUAACUUACGCGACCUCGCUCACUGCGCUCGAGCAUGCCGAAAAUGGGAGGAAGCUGUUCACAAUGUAUUAUACCAUAGUAUCAGAAUCGACCAGGUCCACUAUUGUGAGCGUGAGGCAAUCCUAGCUGAAAAGCGGAAACGAAAAUCUUUCAUGAGUCGCAACGCUGAGCCCGAAGAUACGGCGCAGGCAAGACUACGCCUACUCAGUCGCACUUUGCGAGAAGACCGACGUGGAGUUUCAUCGAAAGUUCUAUACCUCAAAGUUCCGUACCAAACGCGGGAGACCUGCCAGGCCGACCUAGCCAGAACAAUCUCAGUUUUACCAAACCUACGAUAUGUCGAUCUACCAGAAGGAGUGUUCACAACAGGAGAUACAUCUUGCGAUACACUUAGAUUUGAAGUGCAAGCGCGCUGUCCAGACUUGCGGAAAAUGUCUUACUUUAUGGGAGCUGAGAAAAGUUUUGAAAUGCUCGUGGGCGGGAAUGUAUGGUGCAACCUCGAAGUGCUUGAGAUAUCCCGUUUAAACUUGGAUCCUAUCACCCUACGUCUUGCACUUGCGUCACUCCCACGAUUACGCGCAUUGAAGGUCACUCAUGUGAACUCAUUCGAUAAUAGUGUUCUUUCACAGAACGAUCAACUACCGAUGCUGCCUCCUCUAACAGAAUUAAUUCUUGACCAGACCCCCCUUUUGACAUACGAGGGCAUAAUUUCUUAUCUUUCAGAUUUCAAAGCUCGUCAAGCUUUGAAAACUUUAUCCAUGACAGGUACAGGUGUUGCACCUACAACCUUACACGUUAUCUUGGCUCUUUCCGAAAAUUUGGAACAUCUUGGAAUGACAGAAGCUGUUUCCACCUCGCUAUCGUCUGGUCUACCGUGCCUUAAAUCUACAUCGUUGAAAAUACUUCAUUUCGAAAUAACGGCUGCUGAUGAGGCCAUGAAGCUUAGCGAACUGAUGGCAAGUUACUACAGCUAUCUACGAUCAUCCCUCAUGUCAGAAGGAUUACCCAACCUCCGGGAACUUUACGUGCUAGAUCCUAGCUUCCCCGAAACUCUCUUAGAUUUUCCCCUCCCGAAACCUAGCUUUGCAUAUGACCGAGAUAGUUUCGUCCCAAAUCAUCGGAAGAACGCCUCACAAUCAUCGAACCCUUUCCUCAACACAAACCGUCAAUUAUCUCCCGAAUAUCCCUACGGUUCCUCCCCUAAAGCAUCAACAAUCUCGUUAUUUCCGGCAGUAUUGUCGCCUCCGCUUACGCCUAGUCUACCUCGUGCACUCGAAGUCUACUCCAAAGGUCUCGACGAGAUGGAGUGGAACUUCAGUCGUGUUUCUUCCCUGGCGGGAUCUGGUCGGGCCAACAGCGCCCUACCCCCUAGACCAACUAGUAGUUACGGUCUAAGUGAUGGCGCAGACCGUGCAUGGGCCGGUGCUGGCAAUGAUGUACGGAGAAGUAUCAUUAUUGGGAAUGGGUUUGGAAAUUUUUUAGCUGUACCGGGUGCAGGUGGCAUGUCGAGACCACGCACCAGCGCUAGUGACCACUUUUAA